GAAAAGCAAAAGACGAAGAAGACGAAGGCGGAAGGUGAAACUAAACAAGUUUGGUGGGUGUUUCAUCAUGCUGCUUUUCACUAAAACGUUGUCUUCACACAUAUGUAACCUUGCGAAAACACAGCUCAACGUGGUGAUGGCGCAGAGAAUCAGAAACUUCUCGAAUCAGCUUUCCAGGACCUCGUUUCGGCUUCCAGGGGGUCCUCCACUGCGACCCACAUUUUCGCCUCCUCCCACAUUUGUUAAAUGUCUGAUCUCAGGUUUUGUGUGUCAGUGGUGUGAGACUCGGCUUAAUGCGCACGAGGGCAGAAGAAACAUCUGUUUGACGUCACAAAGACUGGAGAAGCCCAAGUCUGUGCAAAUACAUGAGCUGACAGAAGCUGAGUACGAGAAGCUGGCAGAUGAGACACUGGAUGCUUUGGCUGAGUAUUUUGAAGACCUGACGGAUGAACGCUUCACUGCAGCAGACUAUGACGUUGUGUUUGCUAGUGGUGUGCUUACCGUGAAGGUGGGCGGUGACCACGGCACCUAUGUCAUAAACAAGCAGACCCCAAACAGACAGAUCUGGCUCUCCUCUCCCACCAGUGGGCCAAAGCGCUAUGACUGGACGGGUGAACGCUGGGUCUACACUCAUGAUGGUGUAAGUCUCCAUCAACUGCUGUCUAAAGAGUUUUCUGACAUCUUCAUUACAAGCGUGGACCUCUCUGACCUGCCCUAUUGCUGACCCUGAUCAUCAGUCACCUCAGCAGAGCGGCCGUCUGAACUGUCUGCUGUGCUUCAUGUGCACAGCUGUAGCUGUAUGAUUUUCUGCACAGUGAACAAACAAGAGCAGCACAUAAAUAUGACCCUCUGAAACCUGAGUAUGUCUAUACGACGCAAACCUGAAAGAGCAGACUUAAAUAAGUUUUACCUAUGGCAACAUAUUGUUUCAUCCUAAAAAAAGUAAAGACGAAGGAGACACAUUUUAAAUAAUGAAUUCUGCAUAGUGCAAAAUCAACCAUCAUAAUGAGUUGGAAGUGAAGUCAGUACUGUAUUAUAUAGAUAUAUGUGUAUAUAUAGCUGUGUGUGUAUGUAUAUGUAUGUAUAUGCAAACAGCAGAUUGUGUUUGAAGUUUUACAUCUGUACAUAUCCUGUGCUCCAUUUAUUUAUAUGAGAAGAUCUUUAAAGCACUAAGGUACAACCUUGAUAUGCAUAUUUAAAUGAGUUGUGACAAUAAAAUGAAAAUAUUUUCUGAAAAUCA